AUGUCUUUACUACUGAUGAACAUUUUUCAUCCACAACAUCAGUCCUCAUUAUAUACACAACCCAGUAAUCCACUACAUUUCACGUAUCCCGUAUCUUCACCAUGGAAUAUCAAGCUUAAGUUUGUAGCCGAAGAUUCGAAAAAAGUACAUGAAACUAAUACCCGGGUGAAUUUCCUUCGAAAAUGGAAAUCACAAGCUAUUAGCAGGAGGUCAAGACGGUUUGCCAUAAGUGAUAUUUGGAAGCGAAAAAUCUCACUCUCGUCUAUUGAAAAUGAUGCCGUUCAAUUUACUAGUGCUACAGCAUUGGUGCGGAAUUCCAUUGUAAUAGCAGUGUUUCCAAUGAAAUUACGACUUUUCUCCAAAACAGAUAUGAUGACAGAUGACUGUGAUAGUAUAUCAGCUGAUCAUGUCAAGAAAUCGAUACUCUGUUCAGAUAAUGAUGGUAAAAUUGAUGUGGCUACGGAGACAAAGCCUGCAUUGUUUACUAUCCAAAAUACUACUGGCUUACUUUUUCCAAAACCCGGCCAUUCAUCAGUGGGCACCAUGUGUCGGUUACCCAGCAGUACUACUGUUGAGUUAGCAUCGAUAGAGUCUUUGAACGAAACGUUUGAAGCAGUACUGGAGUCAUUGCGAUGUUCCUUGAAAAAGCAUCAACCUCGAAAUACGCCUUCCGGACGGACCAUACUAACGCAGGGAGUUUCAGUAGCUGUUAGAAAAUUCAAUCCAUUACAUUCAUAUAAGAAGUUAUCAUUGAAACGUUUCAAAGAUGAGCGUAAUUUCGUGGACCAGAAGUUAAAUACUUUUGUUAGAAUUUCGAAUUUGGGUUUGGGUCGAAAAUUCGUCAAAGUAUCUGAUCUGAAAUGUAGCAAAUAUUUCUAUCAAUCACAUAUAUUGCACGAAUGCCGGUUAAUGAGUUUCCAGAGACCGAAGAAAAAGCCAUUGCAUGAAUAUUAUAACGAUGACGAUGCGGAACUAGAAGCAUUAGCUAGGGUUGUUGAUCCGUUGGCACCACGUCCAGAAGGUUCUAUGAUUUGUCCAGCACGUGGUGAUCAUGCAUCCGUGUCCACAAGUUUACCACGUUCUAUUGAUUCCGCAUUGCAUAAGUAUGGUACAUCACAAUCAAGAAUGGUAGCCGCUGUUGUACUGGAUCAUUCUGCUCGGCCAGCUUAUUCACUUACCUACGGUAAAGGUAAACUCCUAAGUCGUGCUACAAAAGUUGCCUACAUGCUGUUGACGAAACUUGUUUCUGGCGUAGUUAGUAAAGAAAAAGUUCAGUUAUGUAAAAGUGGUGAUCGAGUAGCUUUAGUUUAUCCGAAUACGGAACCUCUUUCAUUUUUGGUCGCUUUCUACGGGUGUAUUCUAGCUGGAGUUAUUCCAGUACCAGUCGAAGUGCCACUUACCAAACGCGAUGCAGGUAUCCAACAGCUUGGUUUUUUGCUAGGAAGUUGUGGUGUGAAAGUAGCUCUUACGUCCGAUGCAUGUUAUAAAGGCCUACCGAAACGUUCAGCAAGCAAUCAGAAUUAUCCUAAUUCUGGUGCUUCAUUAAUACUCGGUAGUGAAAUUAUUGAUUUCAAGGGAUGGCCACGACUUGUUUGGCUUACGACGGAACAUUUGAGUAAGCCACCAAGAGAUUGGUCAAUACCACCGCGAGUCACUGAUGAUUCUGUAGCAUACAUAGAAUAUACUACGGAUAAGGAGGGUAGUGUGAAAGGCGUAUGCAUAACUCGGCAGGCUUUACUUUCGCAUUGCAGGUAUGCUUAA